AUGGCUAGACAAGGUCCCCGUCUGCACCGGUUGCCACAUCGCACCGACUACAUCCUGAUACCAGCUCCUCUCGACCUCUCUCUCCCAGAGAUGACGGAAAAGUCGCCGCUCCCUGCGAUCAUCGUCACCCCGUCCUCGCCCUCCUCCUCACGCGACUUCUCCAUCGCCUUCCUCGCCGAACCGCCCAAGCCCACCCUGCGCGAGCGCGUCCAGGCGUACAAGCACUUCAAUUCGCCCAACCUCAGCUUGACCUUCCCUUCGAUACCCCAGCCGUUCAACCCGAGCAUGCGCACGCGCUCGAUCCUCAUCAUCCUGCUCAUCAUCUUCGUGCUCGUGUGCCACCUCGUGACGCACCGCCUCGCUGCCCGGCGCCCGCACCUUGAAUUUUCUGUCCAGACGGGUGCGACGAGUGGCCAGGUCGGAGAGCCGGCAAUGUCGUGGUUCGACUUCCGGUCUUUGUUCGGUGCCGCCGCGGAGGUGCGUGCGCACCCUCCCCUGGAGACGUUCCAUACCGAGCUCGUCGUGGAUAAGUUACCUGGAGCUCGGUGA